GUAAAUCUGAAUGCAUAUUGUACUUCCUGUCAAAUUCAGCUGCUUUGUGAUACACAGUCGGCAGAGAUGACGAUUCUCACUGGUGCUCCGCUCAAUUGGGCUAUCACAGCCACCGCUGGAAGCGGCUUCCUCCUUUUUGGGUAUGACCAAGGUGUGAUGAGUGGCCUCCUUACCGGUACUGCUUUCACCCGUCAGUUCCCAGAGAUCGACACAACAUCUACCGGAACUGGUAGCUCGUCACUUCAAGGAACCGUUGUUGCAAUAUACGAAAUUGGUUGCUUCUUUGGGUCUAUAUUUUGCUUCCUCUUUGGUGAGAAAUUGGGUCGAAGAAAGUGUAUUAUGCUUGGAUGCAUUGUACUAUCAAUCGGUGCUGCACUGCAAGCGUCUGCGAACACCAUCCCUCAAAUGAUUGUUGGCAGAAUUGUGGCUGGACUUGGAAACGGAAUGAACACGAGCACAAUUCCUGUCUGGCAUGCCGAGAUGAUGAAAGCACACAAGAGAGGGAAAGGACUUGCUGUAGAACUUGCCAUCAACAUUUUUGGGGUAAUGAUGGCAUACUGGGUAGACUACGGAUUCAGUUUUGUCAAAAGUGCUGCUCAAUUCAGAGUACCUCUUGCUCUGCAAAUCUUGUUUGCUGUUGUCACUUUUGCAGGAAUUAUCGUGCUUCCGGAGAGUCCUCGAUGGCUUCUUGCACAUGAUAAACAUGAAGAGGCGAGACACAUUCUCUGGGCUCUUGAACUUGACGCACAGUCUAUUGAACCCGCCAACCCCAGAGUACAGAAACAGAUGGCAGAAAUUCAGCACGCGAUAUAUGAAGAACGAGCAGCAGCGGAGGGUGCUGGUGGGAAGAGAGCCAUCUUGAAAAACGGUCCUCAACGAUUCCUUCACCGGACGCUGCUCGGUAUUGGCAGCCAGUUUAUGCAACAGCUCAGUGGUAUAAACUUGAUAACAUAUUACGCUCCGGUGAUCUUCGAAACAUCAGUCGGAUUAUCCCACAGCCUCUCUUUGCUGAUUUCUGGUUUCAAUGGAGUCGCAUAUUUCCUGUCGUCUCUGAUACCAAUUUGGUUGAUUGACCGUCUAGGUCGGAGAAAGCUCAUGCUGUUCGCCGUAGCAGGACAAGCAGCGUGUAUGGCCAUUCUGGCUGGUACGGUUUCCAAUGGAUCUACCAGCGCAGGCUACGUAGCAACUGUGAUGCUCUUCCUCUUCAACUUCUUCUUCGCAGUGGGAUUGCUGGCUAUUCCUUGGCUUUUACCUGCCGAGUACGCACCUCUGGCGAUCCGAACUCCCGCCGCGUCUCUCGCAAGUGCAUCCAACUGGAUCUUCACAUUCCUUGUGGUCGAGAUCACACCUGUUAGCAUUAACAGUAUAAAGUGGAAGACCUACAUAUACUUUGCAAUCUUCAACGCUUGCUUCAUCCCUCUCAUCUACUUCUUCUAUCCCGAAACCAAAAACUUGUCUUUGGAGCAAAUUGAUGAGCUAUUCACGGGCGAGAAAGUUCUAUUGCACUGGAAAGGAUCCAUGAGCGCCACAGAUCUGCCAAAUGAAGAUUUGAGAGCAAACUUUAGUGAGAAGACCGACGUUCAGCAUGUCGAUGGUCAGGAUGUUUCCAAGGAAUCCUUAUAGAUGCAAGCAUCAUGAUGUCUCAUGUACUGGAUCUUAUGAGUGACUGUAUGAAGAAGAAUUUGAGAGUACAAAUGGACUUUCGAAGUAGCAAUGAAAUGACUGAGAUGUUUGGGAAGAUGGUGGACAUUGGCCCAUUAUGAUACUCCUCAUUUGCAAUCCUGGUUCAGUUGUCAUACGAAUUUGGAGCACAUUGAUACAGUCUUGAUCUGUACUAUUAAAUCAACAAGAAGGGCACCUCCCGC